GUUAAAGUCGCUGAAAGAACAAGCAGGAAUUCUGUGUGCUGCAGAAGGGCUGAGAUAUAAACCAGACAGUAGAAGUUGAUAUAUGAAGAAGAGAGGGGGGACACUGCUGUUCAUGGACUGAGCUUCAGCUACUGCUAAGAGAGAACGUGAGCUGAAUCUUUCGGGCAUCAUGGAUGAUGAUUUUGACCGCCGCAUGGAACUGAGGAGGCAGAGGAGGGAGCAGAUGCGCCUCGAGGCUGACAAUGUGGGUUGCGCCAAUGAUGAUGAGGAUGAGGAAGCUCGGGAGCGAAGGAGACGUGCCAGGGAGGAGAGGAGGAAGAUGAGGGAACUAGAGGAGUCUGGGACCACUGACGUGAUCGACACUAACAGUGUGACGGAGUCCUCCACCACAGCCAGUGACGCACAUGCAGAUGAUGACCAGGCUUUGCUGGACCGCCUGGCCAAGAGGGAGGAGCGCAGGCAGAAGAGAAUGAAGGAGGCCAUGGAGAGACAGAAGGAGUUUGACCCCACCAUAAGUACCACCAAUGGCACAGACGGCGCGCUGGAAGAGCAGUCCUCCAUCAGCAGCAGCAGACAGCGACACUCAGAGGAAGAGGAGGAGAAACCAGCCCCCGAGGAGGUGGUAGACACUGAUACGAACUCCUGGAGGAAAGAGGAGGAGGACAAGAAGGAAGAUGAGGAAUUUGUUGAGGAAUCAAGUCCAGCAAGCGCAACAAAUGAGGAGGAGACUGAGGAGAAGCCUGCAGCAACAGAAGAAGAGGUCGAGCAGCCUGAUUUAGGAACGAAAGAUGCUGAAGAGGAAACUGUCCCUGAGGUUGACAAGGAGGAGGAAGAAAGGAAUCAGAAAGAAGAAGAGGAAAGACAACAAAAAGAAAUGGAAGAAAAGCUGAGGAUAGAAGAGGAAGAAAAGCAAGAAAAGCAAAAAAGGGAAAUGGAGGAAAAGAAGAAGAAAGAGGAGGAGGAGAAGCCUAAGAGAUUCGGGUUUAAGGAAAAGAAUGAACCAACCAAACAGAAUGGAGCUCUCAUUGAAAAUAAACUCAAGAAAACAGAGAGGACAUCAAGGGACAACGUUCCCUCCGCCAAGGCAGAUGACGUGGAGCGACAGGAGGCCGAGCGUAAGCUGCUGGAACUGAAGCGCCGGCGGAACGACGCAGAAAGCGUGGAGUUCGAGAAGAUGAAGCAGAAGCAGCAGGACGCGGAGGCCGAGCUGGAGGAGCUGAAGAGGAAGAGAGAGGAGAGGAGGAAGGUCAUGGAGGAGGAGGAGAGGCAGAGGAAACAGGAGGUGGAUGACAAGAAAGCCAAAGAACAGGAGGAGAGGAAGAGGAUGAGGGAGGAGAUAGAGAAAAGAAGGGCGGAGGCUGCAGAGAGGAAGAAACAGAAGGAGGAGGAGUCUGUAAAACCUGCCUUUGCUAUCAGUCCCAAAGGCUCCUCAAAGAUCGGGGAGAAGGCAGAAUUCUUGAGCAAAUCAGCUCAGAAAAGCACAGCCAGAGUGUCCCACUCUCCAAUUGUCUCCAAGAUAGGCAACAGAAUGGACCAGUACACCUCUGCCAUCCAGGGAAACAAAGAAGUCAAAUCCCCCAAGUCUCCCCUGGUAGAUAUUCCUACAGGAGGCACGCGCAGCAUCAAGAGCAUGUGGGAGAAAGGCAACAUUGGCAGCUCCUCCGAAAGUCCGGCCCCUGCCAACAAGGAUUUGGCUGGUAUCAAAGGAGGCGUGACAGGACGUGUCAACAGUUGGAUGGCAAAGCCCGCAGAGGCAGAGAAGGCGGCAGCACCUGCACCGGCGGCAGCAUCACCAGCAACAGCAAAGCCGGCAGAUGUGAAACCAGGUGACAUCGGUAACAAACGUGGCAUGUGGGAAACCAAGAAGGGCUCUGCGCCUGCCAAGGUUACAGUUGGAAGCAAGAACAAGUUUGGCACUAGUGCAGGCAUGAGACCCUAACCAUUGACGUCCCUAUUUAAAACCAGCCUGACCUGAACCAACACAAGGCUCUGCUACUAUAUGUGCAUCCAUUUCCUUUCAACAUCCCAGCAACAGAAGAGAAACCAGAUUGAGGAAGAGACGAGGGACCAGGAUGAGCGUCAUCAGCAUCAAAGUCUUCCGACGACGUCUUUAUGAGAAGCUUUUGCGCUGUCCCCCAAAAUCCCAGAACAUGUCAGACCCAGUGAGGGAUUUCCAGGACAAAGUGCUGCAUGAUAAAUGCUUAAUAGAUGAUGGAUUGUGUAGCAUCUAUCUGUUUAAUCAAGGUUAGUCCCUACAGAUUUCAGAUGGCUGUCCAGGUGCUUAAAUGUUACGUUGCUUUCAAGCCACACUGACAUGUCUGCUCGUCUUGCGAUGUAUUGUCAUAUAGUUUAUACCCAGUAAUAAGCAUUUGUGUUUUACUGUCAUACGCACUCACUGCUUUUUGGGAUAUUAGUCACUGUUUUGACUCCAAGUGAUAAAGGCGGCUGUUAAAUGUCCAGCUUGUAUCGUUAGAGUACGAUGUCGAGUGACUAAUUAACCUGUACAUAAUUAAGCAAUUUCAUAAGUCAGCACCACUUUCUCUUUAUAAUAGGUUUAUAAAUGGCAACUAAUGACUUAAUCAAUGGUAAAUAAGUCAUUAAUAAGAGCAGGUUUUGGGUUACUAGUGUUGAGCCUGGAGGGAUGGCAGUGCCAGUUUGUUAGUCCGCCUCUUUGAUCCAGGCUGAAACAUCUCAGCAACGAUUGGAUGCGCUGCCAUGAAAUUCGCUGCAGACAUUCAUGAUGCCCAAAGGAUGAAGCCUAAUGACUUUGGUGAUCCCCUUACUUUUCAGUGAGCGGCUCAAAAGUCUCACUUAUCUCUGUCUAAACUGCAUUGAUUGGCUAAAACUUUAUUCAAGCAGUUAUGAUUCCCGGCGCUUGAAGCCUUCAUCUCGUGGUCGUCUGGUUCUGAGUGAAAUGUCUCACCAAUAAUUGAUUGCUAUGAAAUGUGUUAACAUUCUCCCGGGAUGAACUGUAAUGUCUUUGGUGACUGCCUAACCUUUAAAUUAGUGCUAUCGUUAGCAAAAAAUUUAUAUUUGUCCAACACCUCAUGACCAAAUAUCUGCUUUCUGUUCAUUAGCAAAUGUUAACUUGCUAACAAACUGAAGGUGGUAAACAUUAUACCAGGGAAACAUCAGCAUGUUAACAUUGUUAUUGAUGCAUGUUAGCAUGCUGAUGUUAGCAUUUAGCUCUGAGUUCUGCUGUGCCUAAGCACAGCCUCACAGAGCAGGUAGCAUGGCUGAAGACUCUUAGGCUCGUUUGCGUAUUAAUUAACCAGAAAGACAGAUUGACCACUUACCUCCUGGUAAAGCUCUGCAGGACAUCUGGACCAAAGUUAAUUUGGCAAUAAUUUAUUAACAUUUACAACUACAAAUUGGGUAGAUUAUUGUUAAAAAAAAAAACCAAAACAAGUCUUCAUUAAUGACUUAUUAGCAUUUAUAACUGCAGACAUAUUAGAAAAAGA